AUGUUUCUACGUGUUGUUCUAGUCUUAUUUAUUAGUACCAAAAUAUCUGAAUCUGCUAACAUUUUGGCUAUUUAUCCAACACCAUCAUUAAGUCAUCAAAUAGUUUUUCAAAGAAUCACAAAAGAUUUGCUGGACAGAGGACAUAAGUUGACAGUUCUUACGCCAAAUCCGCUAAAUCUAAAAAAUGGGAACUUGACGGAAAUUGACUUAAGCAGUUCCUAUCCAAAUUUUCAAAAACGUUUUGGCUAUGGAAUGGUCAAGAAUUACAGAGACAAUCUUUAUGCAUACAUGAGGACAGCAUUUGAAAUAUUUGUUCAGCUACUGAACGAGCAGUUAAGUCAUCCAGAAGUUCAAAAGUUGAUCAAUGAAAAGGAAAAUUAUAAAUUUGACAUAAUGAUGAUGGAGCAUACUGGACAUUUCCCAUACUUAGCAUUUGCAGAAAUUUAUAACAUUCCAGUAAUCGGAAUCACUUCUUUUGAGACUGGAAAUUUAGUGUAUCAAUAUUUCGGAAGUGGUUCCAACAUAAUCACUAACGUAGAACAAAUGUUUCCAUAUGUGGCAGAUGAAAUGACAUUUUUGCAACGAUGGGAAUGUCUACAAGUUAAUGUUGGAGUGUUUAUGGCAAUGUUAACUCCUCCAUUUCCAUUUCUAGCUUAUGGUGAAAUUAUGAAUAAAUAUUUUCCUAAAGUUGAAAAAGGAAUUUUUGAGUUGAUGGAUAAAGUGGAACUUUUGAUGGUCAAUGCACAUCCAGCAAUGGGAUUUGUGAGACCUUUGGUACCUAAUACUGUUCAGUUAGGUUUCAUGCAUAUUGAUCCACCAAAACCACUAGAAGAAGGUCCAUUGAAGAAGUUCCUUGAUGAAUCUAAAAACGGUGUUAUUUACGUUAGUUUUGGAACCAAUAUAAAAUCAAAGGAUUUAGAUCAAGAACUUUUGUAUAUACUUAUCAAUGUAUUUAAAGGAUUAAAGCAGAAUGUGCUCUGGAAGUUUGAGAAUGAAAACUUACCAAAUAAGCCAGACAAUGUGAUGAUUCAAAAAUGGCUACCUCAAGCUGACCUACUGGCUCAUCCAAAUGUAAAACUUUUUAUUACUCAAUGUGGACAGCAGUCGACAGAAGAAGCAGUUGAUAGAACAGUUCCAAUGGUUUUGAUUCCAUUCUUUGCUGAUCAACCAGGACUAGCUGCUAAAUUACAACAAAAAGGCGUUGGACGUUAUAUUGAUGUGGGCAAGCUUGAGGAAAAAGUCUUGAAAGACACAAUCGAGGAAGUCUUAAAGUCAGAGUACAAAGAGAAUGCUGUAAAGUUAAGAGAACUUGUUUAUGAUCAGCCAGUGUCAUCAAGAGAAAAGGCUGUCUGGUGGGUGGAAUAUUUCAUUCGACAUAACGGAACAAAUCAUCAAGCUUAUCCAGGCAGAAAUGUGCCUUUUUACAAAAAGUAUUUUAUAGAUUUUAUAGCAAUUGCUGUCGUUUUGUGGCAUUUCUUGAUUAAAUUUGUGAAAUUUGCAUUUAAACAGCUUAAUUAUUUUUAUAAAGCGAAGAUUGAAUAA